GGGGAAAAUCUAAACACACCGGCCCGCAGUUCUUCCUUCAGGGCCAACAGCAAGGGCCCCGCCACACCCAAACGGGUGAGGUCUAACAGGAGUCGCGCCCAGUCGCCCUGCUCCCCCUGCCAUUACCCCCCCUCCCCACUGCGGCAGAGGGCCGCCACCACCCCCGGCACCGACGACAGGGCUCACCCCGAGGUCAAAGGUCACAGCACCCUGGAGAGGAAAUCCACCAAAUCUGAGACCUCGGAGAAAAGGAUCCCAAAAUCCACCAGCAAAGAGCUGAACGCAGAGUCUCCGGGAACGCCGACGGGCCGGAGCGUCGGUGGGACGACGGACGCCGAGGAGGCGUCCAGGCUGCUGGCUGAGAGACGCCGACUGGCCCGAAUACAGAAGGAGCAGGAGGAGAGACAGCGGCAGGAGGACGAGAGGCUGAGGGCCGAGGAGGAGCAGAGGAGGCAGCAGGAGGCCAAAGGGAGGCAGGAGAGAGACGCUCUGCAGGCCGAGGAGGAGAGAGUGAGGAGGGAGGAGGAGAGGAGGAACAAGGAGGACGAGGAGAGACGGCAGAAGGAGCAGAGAUGGAAGGACAUGCAGGAUCAGCUGGACAGAGAGAGGGAGGAGGCCUGCCUGCGAGCCCAGAGAGAGGCCGAGAGGAAGAGGCAGGAGAGAGAGCUGCUGCACAUCCAGGAGGAGCAGGAGAGGCUGCAGAGGAAGAAGAGAAUUGAGGAGAUCAUGAAGAGAACGAGGAAGAAUGAAGCGGAGCCUCUGUCUGGUGCUGCAGCGUCUGACUUGAGGCCGGAGGCGGCGGUCCCGUCGGAGGAGGACGUCCCGACUCCAGCCGAAGCCCCCGUCAUCAUGCUGGGACCCCUGGAGAAUAAGGGCUUUGUGGAGGAGCUGUCUGACGGAGUCCAGUCCAUGGACGUCAGGUGAGACGUCUUCGUUUGUCUCUGCUUGUCCCACCUGUCUUCCUAGGUGUCGUCUACGUCUGCAUUGAGGUGACUCCCCACGUACCAAUCAGACUUUCUUUAUCCAGUCUCGCAUUUCAUUGUCAUCACAUGCUGCUCGUCCAAACCAGACUGACUGUAAGAAGUGGUCGCAGUCAUCGUGACGUCACUCGUUGGUUUGUGGAUGUUUUUGAAGCCUCGAGUUCGGCGAUUUCGCCGUCGCCAUCUUUACGGCUGUCAGCAUAUUGGGCUUUUUUUGCAACCAGUGAACAGGAAGUGACCAUAUGUGGAUUGAGGAGGAGUGACGUAGAGA